GCCGAGAAGGAACAGGGGCCCAGCGAUGCGAGCUCUUCGUUCUUCUUCGCGGCCGACGGCUCCGACGAGACAGGCGGUUCGUGGAUGGUCGACAGGUUCGAUUCCUUGGAAGGCACGAGCAGCUGGGCGACCCUGAGCGGCAAGCGCCUCGACGAGGCUCUGGCGUCGGUCUCCCUGCGCUCGCUGGGCCCGCGCGGCCUGGCGGGCGCGGCGGCGGGGCAGGCUCUCGUCGGCAAGGAAGACCUGGACAACUUGAUUCGCGCGUUCGGCAAGAGAGGGCUCGUGGUCCACGUGAGCUACGAGGGCGACUUCCCGAAGGCCAGCGGGGUAGGCGGCAGCGUCGCGCCGCUGGCCAAGGCCCUGGUCCCGGUGUCGCUCUGCGGCUGCGGGGUGAUCGAGUUUCUCGUUCUUAAGCCUCGGUGCCCGCCGCUGCUGCCGGCCAAGUUUCUAGACUGCCUGAAGGCGGUCGUGGGCAUGCCGGGCAACAAGCCGAAGCUAGGCGACGGCGCUGAGCGAGAUCUUAUCAAGCUUCCGAGCGGACAUCGGGCAGUCAAUUUGAUCGGACGCGCGCCUCGCGAGUUCAAGAUCGACCCGAGCAUAGCUGACAAGCUUCCGUCUUUCAUCAAGGAGACUGCGACUUUCGUCGAAGCUAGAGACCCUGAGAACAACGAGUUGGACACCUGGGAGGUCAUCGGCCCAGUCCUGAGGCGCCACCACAACAGGCCCAGGAGAGCUAUGUUCACGCCGAAGCAGGUGGCGGGCAUUCCCGUGGACGUGAGUCAGCUCGGCCCCAGCAGGAGGGCGACGUGCACCCACGUGGACCGGCGCGACGUGGAGCAGAAGCAGGAGUUCGUGAGUGACUGGGUGGAUCGGGAGUCGGCGCACCUAGCGAUGCCUUUCUACUGGGUCGGCCACACCGAUUUCGACAUCGGGGGCGAGUUCAGCGCGGUCGUUGAGGCGCGGCAGGAUCGCCACAGGAUGCGUCAGGCGACGGACGGGGCCAGGACCAUCGGGGCGCUCAAGUCGAAGGCGAAGAUGGCCGUGAUCAGCGAGGAGACCGACGACAGCGACAUGGAGGCGAACUGGGACAUGCCGGCCGAUCCGCGGGUCGACGGGAGUCUCAGGGGGCUCGACCUGUCGGAGGAGACGAUGGGCCCCGUCGAGCUCGAGUUGUUCUACGAGGGGAACUUCCUGCUGGCCCCGGGAGUAGCCGCCUGGAGGAGGGUCGGGUCCAAGCUGCUCGCGCUGUUGCACCUCGUGACCUCGACCCGCAUGCUGAAGGCCUUGGCCCCGGGAGCAGCCAACCUCGCUCCGAUCGACCCAGGCCCGAAGAGGGACCUGGAGGGCAAGUGCAUCCACCCGAUGGAGGCUCGGAAGCGCGGCGGGAACCAGUACGGGACCUUCGUCCACUGCACGAUCUGCAAGGAGCGCCUCACCACGCACCGCAAGUCCAAGAAGGAGAUCGAAGAGGCCCGCCAGGUCAAGAAGGAGGAGAGGGAGCUUGCGGCGAAGGUCGUCAAGGAGCUCAAGAAGGAGAUGACCGAGCCGCGCGAGUCCAGCUUCCCGGCUUUCGCCAGGAAGGCCGAGCCCGUGGACUGUCUGGGCCCGAGGAUGACGGUGCCGAUGAAGACCCCGCCUCCGGGGGCGCCGCCUCCGAGAGUCAAGGCGGCGGUCAAGACGGGCGUCCCGGUGAAGGUGGAGCAGGAUGCACCGAUCGAGGUGGGCCGCCAGUCCGCACAGGAGCAGAUCGAGGAGUUGCGUCUGACGAUGGCCCAGCAGCAGAACGCGGGCCUCCGCAGCCAGCUGAGCGAGCUGACGGGCCUUCUGCGCGCGCUG